CGGGCAUGGAGGGCGCGCUUGCGGCCAACUGGAGCGCGGAGGCGGUCAAUGGCAGCGAGGCGCCGCCGGGAGCCGAGGGCAACCGCACCGCCGGGCCCCCGCAGCGCAACGAGGCCCUGGCGCGCGUGGAGGUGGCCGUGCUGUGCCUCAUUCUCUUCCUGGCGCUGAGCGGCAACGCGUGCGUGCUACUGGCGCUGCGCACCACGCGCCACAAGCACUCGCGCCUUUUCUUUUUCAUGAAGCACCUGAGUAUAGCCGACCUGGUGGUGGCAGUGUUCCAGGUGCUGCCGCAACUGCUCUGGGACAUCACUUUCCGCUUCUACGGGCCCGACCUGCUGUGCCGCCUGGUUAAGUACCUGCAGGUGGUGGGCAUGUUCGCCUCCACCUACUUGCUGCUGCUCAUGUCUCUCGACCGCUGCCUGGCCAUCUGCCAGCCGCUGCGGGCGCUGCGUCGCCGCGCGGACCGCCUGGCGGUGCUCGCCACGUGGCUGGGGUGCCUGGUGGCCAGCGCGCCCCAAGUGCACAUCUUCUCGCUGCGCGAGGUGGCCGACGGCGUCUUCGACUGCUGGGCCGUCUUCAUCCAGCCCUGGGGGCCCAAGGCCUACAUCACGUGGAUCACGCUCUCGGUCUAUAUCGUGCCUGUCAUCGUGCUCGCCGUCUGCUACGGCCUCAUCAGCUUCAAGAUCUGGCAGAACUUGCGGCUCAAGACGGCGGCGGCGGCGGCGGCGGAGGGGCAGGAGGGCGCGGCGGCGGCGGGCAGCGCUGGGCGCGCGGCUCUGGCACGCGUCAGCAGCGUGAAGCUCAUCUCCAAGGCCAAGAUCCGCACCGUUAAGAUGACCUUCAUUAUCGUGCUGGCCUUCAUCGUGUGCUGGACGCCAUUCUUCUUCGUUCAGAUGUGGAGCGUCUGGGACGCCAAUGCGCCCAAGGAAGCCUCGGCCUUCAUCAUAGCCAUGCUCCUGGCCAGCCUCAACAGCUGCUGCAACCCUUGGAUCUACAUGCUCUUCACCGGCCACCUCUUCCACGAACUUGUACAGCGCUUCCUCUGCUGCUCCUCCAGCUACCUGAAGGGCAGCCGGCCGGGAGAGACCAGCGUCAGCAAAAAGAGCAACUCCUCCACCUUCGUCCUGAGCCGCCACAGCUCCAGCCAGAGGAGCUCCUCGCAGCCAUCCACGGUGUGACCGGCCCGGGGCCAGGACUGCCUCCCACGGCCCAGCCUGUGCCUACACGGACAGUCCACCCCUUGGUGGCAUGUGUGCGUGUAUUUGAGGUACCUUUCAGUUUGCACCCUUCCACACCUUGGGGUAGCUUGAGCAGGGAUUUCUGACAUGGGGGUUGGGGAAGUAGUCCUCAUGGUGGAAGAUGAUGGGGUGACUCAUCCAUCAGACAAUCCCUGGAUCUCCCCUGGUUUCCCACAGAUGUUUAUGUACCCUGACCCCACUGUUGUCUCUGGCUGGUGGAUGGGUUGGUUUUUUCUCCUGGACCUGUCAUUUCACUCCAGUAUCUUUUAACUCCUUUAUGCUGGGAUCUUGAGAAAGUAAGUAUAGGAUUGGUGACUCCCCAGGUGCGGAAGCCUAGUGUUCUGAGCCCAGAAUAAGGAGUGAGCUCAGCUGCAGAGGGUGGUACCAAUAUCUUCCUGACUUCAGAGUGCUUUUACCUUUGCAUGGACCCAUCCCAGCAUCCUGGGGCAACAGCAUGUCAGAAGGUGGCCCUAGGAACAGGGGAUUCCCUUAUGAAACCAUUUGGCAUAGGCAGCUGAUUAAAACCUGGGUUACAAAUGUUUAAGAAGCUAAUAUUUAUAUGAAGCAAUUGGGAAAGAAAAAUAAAAGGCAUCCAAAUUGGAAAAGAAGAAGUAAAACUCUAUGCAAAUGACAUAA